GUGCUUUUGAUGGUCUGGGGGACUUUGAAACAAAACACUUCAGCCAGUAGCGGUUGCAAGUUGCCAUAGUGAUGUGUUGUGUUUACUCCAGAGAUGCUAAACAGAGAAAAGACAUUAAAUCUGCUUCACCCUCUUUUGUUUCUUCAGAGAACUCAGUCAUGACGUCCCCCAGUGGUCCACUUAACGAUGUGCAGCUCAUGAUUCAGGACAGAAUCAGGAAGAUUAAAGACAUCAGAAACUCAGCCGAGCUGAUAAAGAACAACACAGAUGAAGAGAUAGCAGACAGUGUGGAGAUCUGCACCAAACUCAUCCGCUUCAUUAAGAGAAGUCAAUCUGAACUGCAGGAGAUGAUGGAGGAGAAACAGAGAACAGCAGAGAAACAAGCUGAGGACCUCAUUAAAGAUCUGGAGAAGGAGAUCAGUGAGCUGGAGCAGAUCUCAAACACUGAGGAUCAUCUUCAUCUCAUACAGAUGUAUCCAUCUAUGAACUGCUCUGAGAUCAGUCUUGACAGUCUGGAAGAAGAUGACACUGAACUUGUGAAGACACUGGAACAUAUCCUUAUGUGUUUCUUGUGGUUGGGGGUGCGGUACAUAUUUGCAGAGGAUGUGACUCUGGAUCCUGACACAGCUCAUCCAUAUCUCAUCCUGUCUGAUGAUGGGAAACAAGUGAGAUAUGGAGACGUUAGACAUGACCUCCCAGAUAACCCUGAGAGAUUUAAUACCAGUCUGGGUGUUCUGGGAAAGGAAGGAUUCUCAUCAGAAAGCUUUUGUUUUGAAGUGCAAGUGACAGGAAAGACUGAAUGGGUUUUAGGAGUGGCCAGAGAAUCUGUUAACAGGAAAGGAGCUAUCAAACUGACACCAGCCAAUGGAUUCUGGACUUUGGCUCUGAGGAAUGGGAACGAAUUUAAAGCUCUCGCUGGUCCUGAUGUCUCUCUGUCUCUGAGAGAGAAGCCACAGAAGAUUGGUGUCUUUGUGUAUUAUGAGGAGGGUGCCGUGGUUUUUUAUGAUGUGGACUCCGGUUCUAUAAUCUACUUGUACAGGGAUCAAUCCUUCAUGAACGAUGAAACUCUUCAUCCAUACUUCAGUCCAUGUAAUGAUGAUACUGAUAAAAACACAGACCCUCUGAUCAUCUUACCUAGCGUAAAUGAAUGAAAAUGAAACAAUGUAAAAAGUAAAGGAAAAUCAAUAAACCCUCAUAUCAUUCCAGAACAAUAAACAUAUGCAUACACAAAA